CGUGCACGCACCUUUACCGAUCAUCGUAUUUCCAGUCAGUCCAACAGCACCGUCAACGCGGACGGCCGCGAUUUCACGAACGCCGCCAACAAAUGUGUUUUUAGUGUCGCCAUUUUGUUUUAUCUGUCAAAUAUUUGAGGUUAUAUAUUCCGUGUUAGGUAUUAAAGUAUCCAAUUUCUAUAACCCUGACAAGAUGACGCUGCUUCUGCUACUUCUAUGUUUCACUUUCCUUCAGACGGCAACAGCAAAAGGCUCCGAAGCGGUAAUAGAAUGCACCCCCGAACUGAUGAAGGUCACCAUACCGAUGGACGGUGACCGUCAGGUGGCUUAUUUGGACCAAAUUAAAGAUUACAAGCCAUGUCGGCCUGAAUUCAACGGGAAGGUUGCCACGUUCAUAUUAGAUCUACAGGACCCACACAAAUGUGGAGUGACCCGGGUGCUUAAUAAGAUAUCAGGCAGUCGAACGUUCUACCACAACAUACUGAUUGAAGGUCUGGACGGGAACCGCGAGGCUAUCUCUGUCCGCUGCGUCUUAAGCGGGAAGCACCACAAUCUAACGAAGAGGGACUCCAGAGCAUUCCCUUUCGACUUCGACGAGCCCAACGUGCUGAACAUCACUCGUUAUGAAGAAGGGAAGGCACCAGAGCCGGUCUUGGGAGCCAUCGUCAAGCAAAACGGAAAGCAGGUAUCGGGCGAGAUCUCGGUCAGUCCAGGCACGCCGUUGUCCAUGGAGAUAUUCCUGAACAACGAGUCGGCCAGCGUCUAUGGCCUUCUGGUGAACUACAUGCACGUCACCGACACCGGGAAACAGCAGGAAACGAUAAUUCUGAACGGAUGUUCCGUCGACCCGUAUCUGUUUGAGAACUUCGUCACCACCGACGGAGACACGCUGACGGCGAAGUUCAGAGCUUUCAAGUUCCCGGACACCACAUACGUUCAGUUCAAGGGGACGGUGACGGUCUGCCUCAACGAGUGUCAAGGGGUACAAUGCAGUAACGGCAUGAUUGGCUACGGCAGGAAACGCAGAUCGAUAGAAAACUCAGAAUCCAAUAAGCUGUACGAGGUAGCUCUGACUACGUUCAUUAAGGUCGAUUAUGCUAAUGGCGAAUCUAGGGAAGCUGAGGACGUAUUGAAUUUACUGAAGAACUUGAAGAUCGCAAACCAGAGGCUGGGAGACCACGACGGUACACCGGCCACGGUCGCCGAGCAAACCCAGGACAACAAGCUAGUGCUGCACCCCCAAAUAUACGAAACGAUACGCGGCGGCAGUAGCGCUGCUAAAUAUAGCGCGCUUUUAACGCUACUCUGCUUCGUUAUAACCACAAAGAUUCUAAAAUAAAUAUUUUGGUGUUUUAACUAAAAACGUUCUACUGAAAAAUAAUAGUUUAGCGUUAAAUUUAUGUGAAAUGCAAUAUAAAUUUGAUAAUCAACUAAAAUUCAGUUUUCGAAAAAAAAAAAAAAAAAAAAUACGUGUAUUAUUUUAUGAGGUGAUCAUAAAUUAAUGGCUUUUGUUAGAAAAAAAAACAUUCUCAAAUAAACUUUAAGUGAAUUAAAACAUCUAUCAUCUUACUUACCAAAAUAACAUUAAAAAAUAGCAUGCUAAAAAAAAAACACAGCAGAAUUUAUUUUUUUAAACAAGUGCUUUAUACAAUCUCAAAUUAUUUCUACGUAAUCAUGGUUUAACGAUUACGAAUUUAGUGUUUAAAUGAAGUGAUCUAAAAUUAGCAUAGCUUAAAUAAGUGCCUAAAAUAAUUUUAAUUAACUAUAAGUACGCUAGUCUUAAAAUAAUCAAAUGUACAAGAUGGAUGGGGAAAAAAACGCGCAUAGCUCCAUUGUUAUGAGAAGAGCAAAGGCCAGUUUCGUAAAUUGGGUUGUUAUAAUAAAAAAACAAUUGUAAAGUGAAAAGACGACUUCAAUUCUUAUUCAUUACUGGCUGACCCGGCAGACUUCGUAGUGCCUCAAUCGAUAAACAAAAGACCUAAGCUUUUGUAUAAAAUAAACUUAAAACAAACAAAAGGAAUCCGUCCGA